CAGAAGGGCUACAGGAAGGAGCUGCCCCUGCCUGAAGCAUUUUCUGGCUGACGUUUUCUGAUUUCGGGACUCCCACAGCAGAGCAGUGCCCUUCCUGGCACUUUGCCCAAUGAGUCUCCACCUAUCAUGGAAGCCUUGGAACAAGUGCUCACUGUGCUGCCUGCUGGCCCUGGGAUCUGGAAGGAACUGAGGAGCCCAGAGGACAGACCUGGUGAGGGGACUGGCCCCCCUUGCUGAACUGGGAACAUUCCUGCACCCCUGGCCCAACCAGGGAGUGCCCCUGACCCGGAGCUGUGCCAGGGCUGGGCUGUCCCACCUCUGACCUGUGAGGCACCAGGUGCCACAGGAGUGUGAGGAGCCCCUCGCCACCAGGGGAGCCUCAACCACUGUGUCCCUUCUGCUGCCUGCCCGAGGAAGGACUGCAGGAACUGGUGUCAAGCUCCAGGGUGCAGCCAGGGCACGGCUGAGGGCGUCUCAAGUGCCAAGAGGGAAGUGAGUCACUCACCUGGGAGCCAGCACGACGCCCUCCUUCCUGUCAGAGCCUCUUCCCAGGCAGGAGCUCACACACAGCUCGGCCCUGCUGGUGUCUCCACUUGCAGCAGGGACCCGGGGGCUGGGGUCUGACUGAGCUGGGGCAGGUGCUCUGUGAACCCAAGUGACUCUGCAGUCAUGCUCGAGUUGUUCCCAUUCUGGUGCCCUGCUCUUGAGAGCUGCCAGUGUGGAGAUUGUCCAGCCCCAGGGCAGGGAAAAUAACACCUGGGACACAACCAAGCAUCCUCAGUGAAACCCCCACCGCUGCUAAGGCUGAAGAUGGACAUACUGUGCUGAAUUUUUUCAACUCUGGUAAGAAGAAAAGCUGUGACAGGAAACUGCUUCAGACGUGCCCACUCAACACCAUGAUGUCUGCAAAGGGCAGAGGAGGUGCAGAAGGCAGUGCUGCUUCCUACGUUUCAUGCCACAUAGAUUCCGAGUUUCGCUACAACCUCUUUACUGUUUUCUACAGCAUUAUUUUUAUUCUGGGUUUUGUUGCCAACUGCUAUGUUCUCUGGAUUUUCAGCCGUAUUUACCCCACCAAAAAACUCAAUGAAAUCAAGAUCUUCAUGGUGAAUCUGACAGUAGCUGACUUGCUCUUCUUAGUUACGAUGCCAAUGUGGAUUGUUUACUACCACCACCACGGAGACUGGAUCAUGCCUGCAUUCCUCUGUAAUGUGGCUGGCUGUUUAUUUUUUGUUAAUACCUACUCUUCUGUUGCGUUUCUGAUGGUCAUCACAUACAACCGUUACCAAGCUGUGACCAAUCCUAUUAAAGCUGCUCAGCUGACCACCCAGAGAAGAGGUAUCUACCUAUCAGCAGCUAUCUGGAUCCUAAUAGUGGGCAGCUCUUUGUAUUACCUUUUUGGCAAUAAUACUAACCAGGAGGAGGUUGACUCCAGGAAUUUCACGCGGUGCUUUGAGCGCUAUGACUCCUCGAGUGACGUUUCAGCUGUUCUCGCCAUUCACGUCAUCAUCUGUGUCCUCUUCUACAUCAUUUUCCUUUUCAUACUAGGUUGGAACAUUGUCAUCAUCAGGACCCUGUUCUCCAAGUCAGUGCACCCACGGAAGAGCGCUCACGUCAAGCAAAGGGCCCUGUGGAUGGUGUGCACGGUGCUGGCUGUGUUCAUCAUCAGCUUUGUGCCCCAUCACAUCGUGGACCUGCCCUGGACUCUGACGGUUCUGGAGCAGUGGCAGAAGGAGAACUGCCAGCUGCGCCAGCAGCUCAACGAUGCUCACCAGGUGACUUUGUGCCUCUUGAGUACCAACUGUGUGCUGGACCCCAUCAUCUACUGCUUCCUCACCAAGAAGUUCCAGAAGCACGUUUCAGAAAACCUGAAAAGCAUGAGAGGGAGUCGCAAAUGCUCCAGGCAAACAACAGACACGAUGAUUGAGGGCACCAUUCACCAGGACGAUGCCAUCAGGAUCUCUUAGGACACUCAGUGUGUUCUGAUUGCACAUGGACAGGCGUGAAUUAUUCACUCAUCUUUUCUCAAGAAGAGGCACCAAGACAUAUGACAGAGGACCGGGAUUUUACAUUUUCUUUUUCCCAGUAGGCAGAAGAAUGGAUGCUCAUUUCUUCUGUCACAUGCAACGGGCAGAACUGGAACCUGCAGUAAUCUGGCAGCAAAGCCCUUCUGUCCGGGCUGGUUUCUCAUGGGCACUGAGAACAGCUCAGAUGACCUGCUUUAACAUGAGUGUGCCACUGAGCCUCUGCAGUGAGCAGCUUGAAGCUGAGUGUACCAAAACUACCCAUUGUGUCAGUCCAGCACCAUCCCUGCUCCUCUGCCUGCCCAGCCCUCACAGUGAUCCAGUAUCAGAGCUGUAAGGGACUUCUAAAAGACCUGGAAGAACAGAUUGAGCUCUGAAUAUCAUCAGGAGGCUCUUCUAAGCAGCUUACAUGGUCCUGUGAAGAGACCCUGAGUGAUGACGCUCUUGAGUGGCAGUAAGGGAUAUAGCCCACGGAAUUCCUCCACUGCUGUCCAAGAGAUCUGCACCUCUGAUCCCUUCAUCCCUUCUUAGCAACUCACGGGGUCUGCUGGGACCCAAACUUGAUGGAUGUCUGCAAGCAGCUAUGGUGAAUCUUUGCUUCCAGAUCCUGAGACAGUAAAGUAGGGAAGGAAAGAAGAGGAAUUGGCAGUGUCUCAGCACACCUCCCUCCCUCCCUGCACCAGAUCAGCAUUAUGGCCAAAGGGCACCGUGGUCUGCCCUGGCUCCCUGUGUGAGAGCAGAACGGGUCAGGCAGUGGCCUCAUGCACUCAGUAAUUUCCAACUGACUGCACGUGUCUGCAGACACCCAGACUUGCUCAGGAGGAGGGUCCAGAUAACAGAGAGCUACUGGGAGCAUGGGCAUUAUGAUAAAGAAAAAAAAAAAGCUUAAAAUGCUUCUGUAUCUUUGUACUUAUUUAUUUAAAUUAGGGUUAUAGCCAUUACAUUAUUCCUUCCUCCAGCCUUUCCAGGUCUGCUGCAAAUAAUCAAAGCUGACUAGUUCUUGAUCUACAGCAAGUGGAGUGUUAGGUCAGGACACUUGACAGACAAAUAAUUCAGACACUCCAACAGCACUGGAGGCCCUCUCCCAGGGCCGGAUGCAGUCCACUGGGGCCCAGGGCAAGGUCAUUUUCCAUGAGUGCUGAGUUCUGUUACCAGUCAUGAGACACUUGGGGCUCCUUUUCUGACCCAAAUUGCUCAAUCUAGCACAGGAAAUUGGGCAGGGAAGGGAACUUACUUGUUUUCACAACAGUUGUUGGUUCCCUAAAAGACCUAGUCUGUUGAUAACAGGAAGAGUGUAUCUAACCUGUGACACCAAUUAUUCAUGUGCAGCACAGCAGCCUUCCCAUACCUGCCUGAGAAUGGGAGAGAUAACCUCAAGUCUUUCCAAAGACAGGAUCAAUAUUUGCACUGCUUUGCCUGUACCCAGGGGAGAUACAGAUGCAUCCUCUGGAGCUCCUCAGGCAGCUUUUGUCUUUAUUUGUGCCAGUGAGGAAAAGGACUGAGAUGUUUAUUUUUUUAAGGCUGUUGCCAGGGCCAGCCCUGCACUCCAGGCCCAGUGCCAGAGGAGAGUCUGAUCACAAUAAGAAUGCAUCUCCCUCCUAGUCCUGGGCUCUGCUCCAGGGAUGGCCACCCGCAACAAACCCUCGCCAGAACCUCACGCUCCUCAGACAUGUUCAAAGAUGCACCCUGAAUCUGCAGAGCCACAGCACACAGGAAGGGAGAGACUUCUCUGAUUUAGAACCCUAAAUGUGGCUUGCUGGAGGAAUCUGCCUCUGUUUCUGCAUUGUUCUGUGGGCACACUCUGGAUGAGGAGCUCACACAGCUGGCAGAGGGGGCCCUGCUUUCCCCGCUUGGCUCCCAGCAAUAGUGGAGCUCUCAUUUCACAGACCCUAAAGCCCUGAUAGAUGGAGUUUGGCAACUGUUGGAGGAAAUGGAAAGGAUUUUUACGUGGAAAGCUGGCAGGUGCAUGAUCUACUCAUUCUUGGAAAGCUUGCAAGAGUUUACUGUUUAGCUCUUUACCAUGGGUACAUAAGAAGUUUUAUUCCACAGGAAGCACUGUGGGCUCAGGGAAUGAACAUAAACUUGGAUCUGCGGAAAAGGAUAAGCAGAGGGAAAAGCCCCAAGGCCAUGUCAGGAGAUGUUGCUCUUAUUAGUCGGUAAAAAUGCAUUUCUAAAAACCAAACUAAGCUGCUACUUCUGUUCCUGGAAAUGCUUUCCAUUCUUACCACAAUGUUGCAUUACUCUGCUUUACCUUGCAAUGAAAUGGAUCCUCAAAAGUUCUUUUAAAUAAAGUGUGUUCCCCAAG